GAAAAAAGAAAAAAAAGAAGCCGUCGUGAUCGGCCGAGUCCUUCGUCCGCGUCACCAUUAUCAUCGCCCUCUCUUAUCUCGUCGCGAUUCCCAAUGCAAUCUUCUUCCCCUUUUUUUAAUUAUUUUUAAAUUCCACCAUUUAUGAUUUAUUUACCUCUUUUCCCCCAAAGUAAAGUUCUCUGCUUCACGUCUCUUCUUUGCUCCUCUGUUUCGUUCUCUGACCCACGCUCAGUUAAACACAUACAUCAUCUCCAAUGGAUAUAAGUAACGAGGCCAAUGUUGAUCCCUUCUCAAUCGGACCAACAUCAAUCAUUGGCCGAACCAUCGCCUUCAGAGUCCUCUUCUGCAAAUCAAUGAUUCAGCUCAGACGUGAUCUCUUUCGCUUCUUACUCCAUUGGUUCCUCACAUUCAAGCUCGCCAUUUCACCCUUUGUAUCCUGGUUCCAUCCCCGGAACCAUCAAGGGAUCUUAGCUGUCGUCACAAUCAUCGCCUUCGUGCUGAAACGUUACACGAAUGUGAAGAUGAAGGCGGAGAUGGCGUACAGGAGGAAGUUCUGGAGGAACAUGAUGCGCACGGCUUUGACUUACGAGGAAUGGGCUCACGCUGCUAAGAUGUUGGAUAAAGAGACUCCGAAGAUGAAUGAAUCUGAUCUUUAUGAUGAAGAGUUGGUUAAGAACAAGCUUCAGGAGCUUCGUCAUCGUCGUCAAGAAGGUUCCCUUAGAGAUAUUAUGUUCUGUAUGAGAGCUGAUCUCGUGAGGAAUCUAGGGAACAUGUGUAACUCGGAGCUUCAUAAAGGUAGACUUCAGGUUCCUAGACAUAUCAAAGAGUAUAUAGACGAGGUCUCUACUCAGUUGAGAAUGGUUUGUAACUCUGACUCGUUGGAAGAGCUUUCUUUGGAAGAGAAGCUUUCUUUUAUGCAUGAGACACGUCAUGCUUUUGGUAGAACGGCUUUGCUUUUAAGCGGUGGGGCUUCUCUAGGUGCGUUUCAUGUUGGUGUGGUUAGGACUUUGGUUGAGCAUAAGCUCUUACCUCGGAUCAUCGCUGGCUCAAGCGUUGGCUCCAUAAUCUGUUCAGUUGUAGCUUCAAGAUCUUGGCCAGAGCUACAGAGUUUCUUCGAGAACUCUUUGCAUUCUCUACAGUUCUUUGAUCAGCUUGGAAGCGUUUUCACAAUCGUGAAAAGGGUCAUGACACAAGGAGCUCUACACGAUAUCCGACAGCUCCAAUGCAUGCUUAGGAACCUCACAUGCAACCUCACGUUCCAAGAGGCUUAUGAUCUAACGGGAAGGAUACUUGGGAUCACCGUUUGCUCACCAAGAAAGCACGAACCGCCUCGGUGUCUUAACUAUUUGACUUCCCCUCACGUGGUUAUAUGGAGCGCAGUGACUGCUUCUUGUGCUUUUCCUGGUCUCUUUGAAGCUCAGGAGCUAAUGGCUAAAGAUAGAAGUGGAGAUAUUGUGCCGUAUCAUCCACCUUUUAAUUUGGAUCCAGAAGAAGGUACUAAACCAUCUACACGUAGGUGGAGAGAUGGGAGUUUGGAAGUUGAUUUGCCGAUGAUGCAGCUUAAGGAGUUGUUUAAUGUUAAUCAUUUUAUUGUGAGUCAAGCUAAUCCUCACAUUGCUCCGUUACUGCGUUUAAAGGAUAUAGUUCGAGCUUAUGGUGGUAGAUUCGCAGCAAAGCUUGCACAUCUAGUGGAGAUGGAGGUGAAACAUAGAUGCAACCAGGUGUUAGAGCUUGGCUUUCCUCUCGGUGGACUCGCAAAGCUGUUUGCUCAGGAGUGGGAAGGUGAUGUAACAGUUGUGAUGCCAGCUACUCUUGCUCAGUACUCUAAGAUUAUACAAAACCCUACGCAUGUGGAGCUACAAAAGGCAGCUAACCAAGGAAGAAGAUGCACUUGGGAGAAGCUUUCAGCCAUUAAAGCAAACUGUGGGAUCGAGCUUGCGCUUGACGAGUGUGUAGCCAUUCUCAACCAUAUGCGUAGGCUCAAGAGAAGCGCAGAGAGAGCAGCUUCAUCGUCUCAUCACGGAUUAGCUUCAACAACAAGAUUCAAUGCUUCCAGAAGAAUCCCAUCUUGGAACGUUCUUGCUAGAGAGAACUCAACUGGCUCACUAGAUGACCUCGUUGCUGACAAUAAUACUAAUAAUCUCCACGCGUCUAGGAAUGUAAGUGACAGCGAAACAGAGAGCGUGGAGUUGAGUUCUUGGACGAGGACUGGUGGACCUUUGAUGAGAACAGCUUCUGCUAAUAGGUUCACUGACUUUGUUCAUGGUCUUGAUGUGGACAUUGCGUUGACCAGAGGGUUUACUAGCAGCCCUAACUCUCCAGCGGUUUCUGGUCCUAUUAGUCCAAGCUUUAGUCCAAGAUCUAGAUCCAUGGCUGCUCAAUUUGAAAGCGAGUCUGACAAGAGGGAAACUAGCAGCAUCCUUGGGACAAACGGUUCAAGCAUAACGGUUACUGAAGGUGAUCUUCUGCAGCCUGAGAGAACGAGUAAUGGCUUUGUGUUGAAUGUUGUUAGAAGAGAGAACUUGGGAAUGCCUGUUGGGAAUCAGAGUAAUGAGCUACCGGAGAGUGUACAGCUGCUUGAUAUACAUGAGAGGGAGAUGGAUAAUAGCUCUGUAUCAGAACAUGAAGAUGAUAAUGAUGACGAAGAAGGACAUAAGGACCCGGUUUUGGUUAACGUUUCUUCAGAAAAUUCAAGUUUACACGAACCGAUGUUUGGUAGUGUAAUAGAUGCUUAGACUGAUAUUGAGUGGAGUGAAGAGAUUCUUGGAGAGUUUCCAAAGUGGUUUUAAUGCUUUGUAAAUAGUAUAAACCUUAAGGUGCUUGUUGUGUAUGUUUGCAUUGAUUAUUUGUUUGAAAUUUCACUUAUUCAUUUGUGGAAUUGAAAUAUGUAAAUUCGCCCCUAAAAAAGAAAAAUAAAUAGUCGCGUUUAUUUA